GCCCACUGACUGAUAUGUUAAGAUUGAUUUACUAGGAGACACUGUGAGCAGACACACUGAUGCGGAUUGCACCAGCUCACACAUUUACAUAUUACUUUGACAUGCUGUACACGUCUAUUUGACUAAGAAGAGAGACGACUAACAUUGAUAUUGACACAAUUAGAACAAAUAAGUACACAUGGUUCCCCUUUAUCUUCUCAUCCUUGUCUUUGUCCAUGGACCACCAGGUUGCAACAGCCUGUGGACGGUGACAAAAAGUACUGCAAAGAGUGGCGGAGCCAUCACGAUCCCCUGCCACUACCACCGCAUGUUCAGAGACCAUGUCAAAUACUGGUGUAAGGGCAGAACCUGGGCCUUAUGUAGAGUGAUGGCAAGCACCGACCCACGGCGGAGCAGAGGAGGCAUGUCAAUCACAGACAUCCCAGAGGAGCUGGUCUUCACUGUGACCAUGAAGAACCUACAGGAGAAUGACACCAACAGGUACUGGUGUGCUCUGAAAGUGGGUGCGAUAGGCAAGCCGGAUGUCAAAGUUUCCGUGGACCUCACAGUCACCCAAGGCUCUCCUGAUCUGUCAGUGGUUGAUGAGCUGGUAUCUGUUGAGGAGGGGGGCAGUGUCAGUGUACAGUGUCUCUACAGUGACACACUCAGAGGCAAAGAGAAGAAGUGGUGCAGGAGUGGGGACCGGCAUUCCUGUCGGACACAGACAGAUACUAGCCAGAAUGCAUCUGUUGUGAUCAUUGAUGACAAGAGGGGAGUAUUCAAUGUGACAAUGAAAGAACUAGAGAAGAAAGAUGCAGGCUGGUAUUGGUGCUCUGUUGGAGACCUACAGGCUGCAGUUCAUAUCAAUGUCACUCAGAGAUCCACAGCACACAGGAACACUGCAGAAGCAGUGACUACUCCAACGCUGCCCAUGUUACACUCCGCAUUCUCGACAUUCAGAGACUCCACAGCUACCUCUGCCCCAAAGACAAACCCUUCCGCCACAGUAGACUCUGCUCUGACAACAUCCUCAUAUGGCUCUGCAACUCCAUAUCCAUCCGUCUCAGUUCCAUACAUCACAAUCCAUUCUUCCACACUGACUUCUUCACUAUCAACAGCACAACCUACAUGCUGUCCUUCUACCGAAUCUACAUCUUCUAACAAGAAAAUCAGAAACCUGCCCUGGUAUGCUCCUAUUCUCAUUGUGUUGGCCAUGGUGUUGAUGGUUAUUGUUGUUAUGGCUGCAGUUAAUAUCUAUAGAUCUUCCAGGAAUAAUAUCAGACUUGUGGAAGGAGAGAUGACUGAGCUGGUGAUAAAUCAAGAUCAAUGAUAUCAAUUAAAAGAGCCUAAAAAUACAUUUGGAUCAUAAACAUUACUGUAAGUUUGCUUUAAUAUCAACUGAAAUAAUCACAUGUACAGUACAUGUAUUGUAGUAAUAACAUACAAUUAGAUAGAGAACAGAGAAAAAAUGCAUGAAACAUUAGACAAUUUCAAUAGAUUAUUCUGUUGUGGCUGCAAACCAUUCAAAUGAAUUGUCAUCAUAAGAGCACACAUACACACAAAUAGAUAUCAUGUGUAAUUAGCUAAUGUUCCCAAACAAAUCAAUAACUGAAUUAAAAGUUCAGGAAAAAGCAAUGUGACUACACAUUAUUGUACAAUUAGCAUUCAUCUUUAGGUAAGGUUUGUAUCUUUAUAACAGAACUGAAAGAGCUAUAAACAUUUCAAAAACCUGACAUACUGGAGACUGAGAUGAUCGAAUGGAUCCUAAAACAGACUGCAUCCCUAGGUGAGGGGGAUUAAAACGAUUAAAAUGACACACAUUGUCAUGUUCCGUUAAUUUUGUACAUUAAAUGAAGAAUAAAUACAAAAGCAGAGACGUUGA